CCAGUAAGCGAGAGCGAGGCUGAGAACAGACGGAAAGGUAUCGCUUUUAAACUACACAGACUGUCGUUGGGUUAGCUUCCCACAUUGAUUAGAGAAGCUAAUUUUUCGUAAAGUAACUUUUUUCAUGUUGUGGGUGUUUGGGGCUGCUGUCAAACCACCGGCUCAGCUGAGGAACUUUUUAAUUCCUCCUCUUAGUUCCGCCCGGAGGAGUGAGGGACCUGGACCGUAAAUAUACCACCGGGGCUGUUGUCCGGGCUGUCAGAACGGGUCCAGCCGUUCCCAAUGAAACAAAGCGGGAAGCAGAGCCGUGAAGUCCGUCUGCCCGGUGUCCCGGUGUGAGCCGACCCAGAGAUGGAGUGGUGUCUGCGGGCAGGAGGUUCCAGCGGGCUACUGUGCUCGCUGGCUCUGCUCUGUGUGCUUUUGGACAUCCAGCUAGACGGCGUCCUUGGGGCGACUCAAGCCGAGAUCGAGCAUCACUUAGAGAUGGGCCGUAAGCUCCUGGCGGCCGGUCAGCUCGCCGAAGCUCUGUCCCACUACCACUCAGCCGUGGAGGGAGACUCUGAGAACUACCUGACCUACUAUAAGAGAGCCGCUGUGUUCCUGGCCAUGGGGAGGUCCAGGUCAGCACUGCCCGAUCUGACCCACGCCAUCCAGCUGAAGCCCGACUUCCUGCCUGCCCGGUUGCAGAGAGGAAACAUCCUGCUGAAGCAGGGAAACACACAGGAGGCCAGGGAGGACUUUGAGAUGGUGCUGCGGGGUUCUGCCGACCACAGUGAAGCUCAGGAGCAGCUGAUGAAGACGAACGAGCUGGAGGACCUGCAGGAGGAAGCCCACGCCGCGUACCACCAGGGGGACUACAGCGGCACCAUCAACGCAUUGGAGAGGGUUAUAGAGAUCUCUCCCUGGGAUCCAGAGUCAAGGGAGCUUCGUGCCGAUUGCUACAUGCGGAUGGGGGAUCCGCAGAAAGCCAUCCAGGAUCUCACCCCCGCCGCUAGAUUACGCAACGAUAACCGAGCAGCCUUCCUGAAGCUUAGCAAGCUGCAUUACAGCCUGGGAGAGCACCACGAGUCCCUCAACCACAUCAGGGAGUGUCUGAAGCUCGACCAGGACGACAAAGAGUGUUUCAGCCACUACAAGCAGGUGAAGAAGCUCAGCAAGCAGCUGGAUUCUGCAGAGGAGCUCAUCAAUGAGGACAGGUACCAAGAAGCUAUUGAUAAAUAUGAAUCAGUAAUGAAGACGGAGCCAAACGUCCAGUCCUAUAUCAACCGGGCUAAAGAGAGGAUCUGCUUCUGUUUAGUCAAGCUUCAGUUGGCAGCUGAGGCCAUCGAUGUUUGUUCAGAGGCCCAUCAGAGAGACCCUCGCAAUGCCAACGUCCUCCGAGACCGAGCAGAGGCCUACAUCCUCAACCAGGACUACGAGAAAGCUGUCGAAGACUAUCAGGAGGCGAGAGAGUUCGACGGCGACAGCAUCGCCAUCAAAGAUGGUCUGGAACGCGCGCAGAAGCUGCUGAAAAUCUCUCGUAAAAGAGACUACUACAAGAUCCUGGGAGUUAGCAGGAAUGCUAAUAAGCAGGAGAUCAUCAAGGCGUACAGGAAGCUGGCUCAGCAGUUUCAUCCUGACAACUUCAAGUCGGAAGCAGAGAAGAAGGAGGCGGAGAAGAAGUUUAUCGACAUCGCUUCUGCUAAAGAAGUCCUGACAGACCCGGAGAUGAGGCAGAAGUUCGAUGAGGGGGAAGAUCCUCUGGACCCGGAGAGCCAGCAGGGCGGCGGCGGCGGACAGAGAGGCUGGCCGUUCCACUUUAACCCCUUCGAGUCCGGCGGCAGCUACCACUUUAAGUUCGAGUACAACUAAGGAGCAGGACUGGAGCCGCAUGUUCAGACUAAUCUGCUCUUUUAGUCACAUAAACUUGUUUUAUUACUAAGGAACCUCGGGAUGAAUUUCAACGUUUUUCACCUGCUUUAAAGGUGGAUGAAGGAAGUUAAAAGGUUUUUGGAUGAAAACUGUGGAUGUCUCUGCUCAUGUUUCUUUCUUCGUGCCAAUCUCUGGGCCUCGUAUGGAGGAAGAAGGUCAACGUGCCGCUUUUUAUUCUCGCCUGCAGUAUUCUUUAAAGGAAUCCCAGCUUUCCUAACUUCAGUCAACGUCCCACUGGGAUGAAGCUUCUCUACAAUUGAGAAUCAAGACUUUUUCUAGUCGAUGAAAUGAAAAGCACUUUGAGCUCCUGGAUUAACGAUGAAACACUGAAUUCCUUUGGAUUUUCUAUCUUGCUUUAAGGUAAUUGUUCUUCUACGGGGUUCCUGUAUAGGUUUGGAGAUGUAUAUGUAUGUAUAUAUACAGAAGAUAGAAAAAUUGAUGAAUGAAAGCAGGAAGUGAUUAAAUCUGGUGUGUAUUUUUGCUUUUCUGCUUUUUUUAAAUUUUUUUUCGGAUUGGAAAAAAACAAAAACACUCCACAGCUUCUCCUCUCCUUUAAUUUACUUUAAGUCUUUUGACUCUCAAGCUUCAUUGGCUAUCAGCGAGCCUUAUUUAUAAGUAAUAAACCUCGGCCAAAGCCGGAGCAUCAAUUUCAGUGCACUUAUUGUUCGGAUCAUUUAGAUAUUUAUCUAAAAAGUGAAAUUAAAUUGUUGCAGGACAGGUUUGUGAUUUUAUUUUGUCUGCAGCCAGAUUUUGUUUAUUUUGCUUAUUUUUGCACCGCUUAAGUUAUUUUGUUACCAACUCAUCUUAAAGACAGACUGACUGUAGCUG